AACUGGGAGCAUGCUGCGUCAAUCACUGAACGGAGGAUAACAGGAAGUAUAACUGAAAAGUGACGUUUUGCAUUUAAAAGCAGUAGUUGAAUAUGUAAUACAGUAAGCAAUAACAGUAAACUGCAAAUAUCGGGCAUGUAAAAAUGAAUUUGAUGGGAGAAUACGAUGUGUGCCGCGGUCUUGAGAACCUUCCCGUUUCUGUUGAACGAGAUGAAGAGUCUUUGCCACAAUUUCAGUACUCUCCAGAGCAUGUAAGCGGGCCUGGCGCUGAUCAGGAUCCCAGUGAGAUUACCUAUCUAGGAUGUGACUGCGUGUCUACUUCCUGUAGGCCGGACUCCUGCUCUUGUCUUCAACACCACGGCGAGUCAUAUGAUGAAAACCUGUCUCUCAGAGACUGCGAGGGAAAGGAGACUGACUUUUCCAGGCCUGUUUUUGAGUGCAAUGUCAUGUGUAAAUGUAGCGAAGCCUGCAAGAACAGAGUUGUGCAGAGAGGUCUGGGAUACAGGCUUCAGAUGUUUAAGGGUGGGCCCAAAGGAUGGGGUCUGCACACACUGGAGUUCAUCCCAAAAGGGCGCUUCGUGUGCCAGUACGCAGGAGAGGUUAUUGGUUUGGCUGAAGCUCGCAGAAGAUUGCAAUCCCAGAAGCCUGGUGAUAUGAAUUACCUCAUAGCAGUGAAGGAGCACAUAGACGGUGGAAAAAUGAUUGAAACUUUUGUAGACCCGGCUCUUGUUGGAAAUGUGGGAAGAUUCCUCAACCACUCCUGCCAGCCCAAUUUGUUCAUGGUACCUGUGCGUGUGAACUCAGUGGUGCCCAAACUGGCGCUGUUUGCUGGGCGGGACAUACUGGCAGGGGAGGAGCUAAUGUACGAUUACUCAGGAAGAUAUAAAAAUGUGACUGAAAAAGCCUCAGUUCAAGAAACGACAGACAUUGACCUCGUGGAACGCAAACCCUGUUACUGCGGAGCCGAGAGCUGCUGUGGGUUCCUGCCUUUUGACGUUUCUGUCAUGAAUAGUGGUUAAAUAUCCAUUUAAAAUUCAGUUGUAACUUCUUACUAACGUGUGUUAAUUAACAUGUGAGUGCAGAGUAGACAAUGAAAACUGAUGUUGCUGUUCUCAAUGGGUGCUUUUUCUUCUAGAAUAUUCAGUGAUAGAUGGACUGAUAGAUAUAGGAAUUGUAGAUCUUAUAUCGAGAGGAUGCUGUAGAUAUGUAAUCAUAACUGUAAAACACUCAAUAGCGCUACAUUUAGAAAUACUAAAAGAAAUGGAAUACAUUCAAUGACAAACGUUUUGACAGGAAGUCUUUCUCAGUGUCUCAUGGUUGUAACGAUUGUCCCAGAAUGUGCUGUCUACAUUAUACUGUAUAAUGCACUGUUGGUGCUAGUUAUAUGACUCAGUACUGGCUUAUGUGUGCAAAAUAAACAAGAUUCUGUUAUUUGUGUACAUUUACAUGCAAACAACCCUAUUUAAU